CGGGUGGGUAAGAUGGUGCCGGCGGCCGCCGUGCUCGGCGCGGUGGGGGUGUGGUGCGCUCUGUACUUGGCCGACUCGCUCCUCAAGUCAUCGAAGAGUCUAAACACGUGGUAUGAAGAAUGGUUGGCAUAUCAUGGAAUAAAUAUUUCACCCUUCCAUAUACGUUGGCAAACUACUCUUUUCAAUCGAUUGUUUGGGAAGGUAGGACGAUGGAAGCCUCAAUUACUCUGUCUGUGGUUCAAUCUGGGUUUGGCAUUUGGGGUGGUGACUAUGUUUGCAUCGAUAAUUCUUCUUGCAAAAACACUUGUCCAGACUUUGGCACUUAUGACAGGAGAGACAUCUACAGUUCAAAAUGAACGCAUUCUGCAAGUUGUGGUGCCUGGUAUCAAUCUGCCAGCCAGCCAGAUGGCAUAUUUUUUCAUUGCUAUUCUCAUCAGUGGUGUAAUACAUGAAAUUGGCCAUGGAGUGGCAGCCAUCAGGGAACAAGUAAGAUUCAAUGGCUUUGGUGUAUUUCUUUUCAUCAUCUAUCCUGGGGCCUUCGUUGACCUUUAUACCAAUCACUUGCAGCUAAUUUCUCCAGUGCAGCAGCUAAGAAUAUUCUGUGCAGGUGUGUGGCACAACUUCAUACUGGCAUUGAUUGCUCUAAUUGUCCUUUACUUGUUGCCACUGUUCCUCCUCCCUUUGUACUACACAGGAAUUGGUGCGCUUGUUACCGAGGUCCACGAGAAUUCACCUGCCAGUGGACCCAGAGGACUAUUUGUAGGGGACAUUAUUAAAUAUGUUGAAGACUGUUCAGUCCAUGACGUGGAAAAUUGGCACAAAUGUUUUGAAGACAUUUCUUUGAAACCUCAGACUGGAUACUGUAUUAAUGAAGAAACACUACGACACCUGAACUCUAUGGGACGAGCAUACAGAAGGCUUGAUGGUACCAUGGAAUGUUGCAGCAAUAACAGCCUUGUGGAUAUUUGUUUUUCUUAUAGCAACAAUUUAGACAGCCAUCUGUAUGCUUGUCUGCCUGCCAGAAAAGCCAUUGAAUCUAGCCAGAUUUGCCAGACAAACAUGGAUUGUCAGAAGGAGUUUGUCCCGAGCCUAUGUGUGAAACCCUCUCUGGAAAACCAAACCAGAUUGAUCCGAGUCACACAUUCACCUAAGAUGGCAAUGUUGUUUGUAGGACAUCCGAUCCAUCUUCAGUAUGCAGUGAGCCUUACCAAUUACAUGCCACGAUUCAAUUUUCUGCACCUGGACUUUCCUGUGGUGAUUGAAACAUUUUGCAAAUACCUACUUUCACUUUCUGGAGCCCUAGCUGUCAUCAAUGCAGUCCCCUGUUUUGCUUUAGAUGGACAAUGGAUGUUGAGUUCCUUUUUAGAAAUUACUCUUGGAUCUCUCAUUGUAGAGAAGCAGAAUCGUGAACUUGUCGGUUUUUUUAUCUUGUUACUUGGCAGUGCUCUCUUAGCUUCAAAUGUGGUGUUAGGGCUUUGGAUGGUUACUGCCAGGUAGCAGAUUAAACAUGUUCAGGACUAAUGAGUAUAUAAUUAUCAAAUUCAGUACUGCACAUUGUAAGAUAUUUCAGCUUCUGGGUCCAAGACAGCGAUGAAACUCAUAUAAUGCUCUUUGAGAGUGAGAUAAUUUUCCAAACUAUUAUUUUGGAUCUCUCAUUGAGCAAAAAAUUCCUGUAGAGUAAGUAUUUUAAGCUUUCACGAUUUGUUGUUUAUAGGGCAAGGAACCACUCAAUACUUAGUUUGGUGAUCUACUAGUUAAAAUUGAAAUGCACCAAUUUUAAAUGCAACUGCAGCUGAUGUAACCUUUUGCAGUAAUGUUGAGAAGUGUAAUGCGAAUAGGGAACCUGAUAUCAAAGUGUCCCUGUAAUUCAGUUUUUUUUUAAUUAUUAGUUUAGUUUUGAGAAACGUGAAAUUUGUAAAUCAAAUCUGAAGCAACUGUAAACUGCUUUUGGUCGUGUCUAUAGAUGAUGAAACUGUACUGUACUGUAUGGUACUGUGAUCUGUGUUUUAUUCAUGGUACUCACAACUGAAAACGUAAAUGUCACAAAAUUGCUUAUUCAAGGACUUGUCAACCAUAUCGUGUCUUGUAUCAUAAAUAUGGGAAGAUCUUUUGAUGAUAUUCAUACUUAUCCUUGCAUGUAUUGGAAUGGAUCAUUAUUUCAAUAAUUACCAUGAACUACCCAAGAAAACCCUGCUCUUGGGGAAAGCUCUCAGAAUUUCAUUAAAAUUCUGGGAAUGUAAUUUUUUCAUUAAAAAUAUUUUUGAAAGGAUAAUACUAUUAUGGAAUAAGCUAAAUACUGUGUGUUUAAGCUUGAUACUUUUUGCAUUUUAGAGUGAAGUUUGGGGUAAGCAUUCUUAAUCAUGGAAUGCAAUUCAAAUAUUUCAAAUAUAAUAUUCUCCGUGUUUGCACUGGUUUCCAUCAUUCGGAUUAGUAGCAGGAGUAUAGAGAGAUGGACUGUAGAUCAAGUUUAUUUAUGUAUCUGAAUAUUUUAAACUCUUAAGGCUUUAUGUUUUUUUAAAAAAAGUUUUUAUUCCUGUAAAAAGCAUUUGUGUUCAUGGUAGAUCAGUUCCAUGAUGUAAUUUGCUUUUUUAUUAUACAGCUGUUUUAUAUCUAUAGUACAGUACUGUGUUGUGUUGCAUUGCAUGAUAACAAAUACAUUUUACCCACCACAAAUUUUUAUAUUGUUCUCCCUGGAGACCAGUUGUUUUUCUUCAGUUUGUAUUGUGGAUUGAGUUGAUUAUUUGUGACACUGUCACGGUUGCAUCUGGAUCGUUUAAGUAGCAAAAUGCAUUUACUUGAACUAAGACAACGUGGAGAGUUCACUCCUUCUUCUUCCUAGACAAUAACAUACUCAGCGUAUCAAGUGGACAGUUAAAUGUUUACGUGUCACACUGAAGGUGCUAAAACUCCAAUCUAUGUUGAAGGAUGUAAAGCAGGCAAUCGGUCAAGUGCAAUAUUAAUGCAGUGAUUCUAUCCUACUGUGUUUGCAAUGAUUGUAUUUAUUAGAUCUGUUUGAAAUGAAUUUGAAUCAUACUCUGUUUUGUUGCUGCCACGUUUGUUGAUUGUGUCGAUGUAACCAGUAUCUUAUCUUCAUUUUUCUGACUGAGACAGUAAUACAUUCUCUAUUUCAAUAGCAUUCUAAAAAGUAUUUUGUGCAAUGGUUAAUCUGGUUUCUAAUCUGAUGAGGUAGCCAGCAGAAUAUUGGUCAAUGCGAGCAUGAAUUUUAGAGCUUCAAAUGAGUUCCAGUCAAUGUAUACGAGGUCUGUUUUAUCUUUGGUGUGCAAAAUUCAUGUUUUCCAUAAAGGCCAUUAUUGAUUGAAAUAAAA